GGAAGUGGAGGGAAUGCCAAAUUACCACAUGAGGCAAACGCAACGUUUUCGGUUGAAGUGAAGGAGCAGCAAGGGAAAGGACAAUGACCCACAACACUCCUCCGGGCUAAGAAGGAGAGUGAUAGAGUGCUGCAUCAGAUGACCUGACCUCCACAAUCACCCGACCUCAACCCAAUUGAGAUGGUUUGGAUGAGUUGGACCGCAAAUUGAAAGAAAUGCAGCCAACAAGUGCUCAGCAACAAGUGCUCAGCUCCUUCAAAACUGUUGGAUAAGCAUUCCUCAUGAAGCUAGUUGAGAGAAUGCCAAGAGUGUGCAAAGCUGUCAUCAAGGCAAAGGACCUGCAGGUCCUGGGGAAUGUUGGUCUGUACCGUGCAGUGUGUUUACUACUGUCUGUCAUCUGUCUGGUUCUACUGCUCGUCAUCAUCAUCCUCUGUGUCAAAUUUCCAUUCCAGCCUCAAGUCUGUCAUGGGACUGAAAAAGGGAUUGAGGCUAAAGAGAAGGGGAGUGUGACUGAAAAAGGGAUUGAGGCUAAAGAGAAGGGGAGUGUGACUGAAAAAGGGAUUGAGGCUAAAGAGAAGGGGAGUGUGACUGAAAAAGGGAUUGAGGCUAAAGAGAAGGGGAGUGUGACUGAAAAAGGGAUUGAGGCUAAAGAGAAGGGGAGUGUGACUGAAAAAGGGAUUGUGGCUAAAGAGAAGGGGAGUGUGACUGAAAAAGGGAUUGAGGCUAAAGAGAAGGGGAGUGUGACUGAAAAAGGGAUUGAGGCUAAAGAGAAGGGGAGUGUGACUGAAAAAGGGAUUGAGGCUAAAGAGAAGGGGAGUGUGACUGAAAAAGGGAUUGAGGCUAAAGAGAAGGGGAGUGUGACUGAAAAAGGGAUUGAGGCUAAAGAGAAGGGGAGUGUGACUGAAAAAGGGAUUGAGGCUAAAGAGAAGGGGAGUGUGACUGAAAAAGGGAUUGAGGCUAAAGAGAAGGGGAGUGUGACUGAAAAAGGGAUUGAGGCUAAAGAGAAGGGGAGUGUGACUGAAAAAGGGAUUGAGGCUAAAGAGAAGGGGAGUGUGACUGAAAAAGGGAUUGAGGCUAAAGAGAAGGGGAGUGUGACUGAAAAAGGGAUUGAGGCUAAAGAGAAGGGGAUUGUGACUGAAAAAGGUAUUGAGGCUAAAGAGGAGAGGUUCCAGUCCACUGAGGUGUGCAGCCUGAAGACAUGCCAAGCACAAUACUUCCAACAACAAAGCCAGGUCCCUGCCUGCCACAUGUGUGAUGAAGGCUGGCUGCACUUUGAGAGCUCCUGCUACUUCCUCUCCAGAGACAGAAUGAACUGGGACGAGAGCAGGGACGAGUGUAAGAAGAGAGGGGCAGAUCUGGCCAUCAUAACAAACAAAACAGUGCAGACCUUUCUAACGAAGAAGGGAAACCUGAUGUACUGGAUCGGCCUGAGACAGAGAACCAGGAACUGGGUUUGGGUCAACAACACUGCACUGGGACAGAGUUACUGGUCAGGAUCCAACAGACAAGGGGAUUGUGGGUUACUGACAGGAAGGGAUCCUCCUGAGAGAAGCUGGAGCUCCUCAUCAUGUGACCAGUACAGCUUCUACAUCUGCCAGAGGGGGCGCUAAAGAACAGACUUCACCAUCUGCCAGAGGGGGCGCUAAAAAGACAGACUUCACCAUCUGCCAGCAGUCACCAACCCUGGUCCUGGAGAUCUAUACGAUGUACAGGCUUUUGUUCCAGCCCAGCAGUAAGACACAUGAUUUAGCUAGUCAACGAAUCACCUUGAUUAGCUGAAUCAUUUAAGUGUUGUACACCAUGUAGGUCAGCAGGGUUGGUGGCCACUGCCAUAUUCCAACUAAGAAACCUGUCAAUACGGAUUCUCUUUAGACUUCCAUCUAUCAUUCACUCCUAUUCCAUAGCCUUUUAUUCCAUGAUUACACAUCUCUAUCAACAGCCUUUUAAUUAAACCUUGAUUAUACACUUUAUGACAUACGUCUAUGUUAUAAUUCAUUAGACAUCCAGGUAUAACCAAUGAUGGUAAAUAUAAUCCCAUUACAGUUAGUUAUGCCUUGUGAAGAACAAUCAAGUCGGCCUGCCAGUUUCAGUUAGAAUUUGCACUAAUGUUAAAGAUUAACACUCUAUAUUGCACUCAUUUGCUUGUUUUGCUGAGAUGUUUUCUAUAUGUUUUCUUAAUGCCUUUGAAUGUGAUAAUGACGACAUGAUUAUGUGCAUUAACCAAUCAUUAGGUUUUAAGUAUUGAUUCACAAUCCUGAAAGAAACAAAAGUUUAAUAUAAUUUGUCCAUGUAAUAAAGAAUCAGUUAUUAUA